AGUACACCACGUGGAAUAUUUCGCCCUCGAUUCGGUCGAACAGCGGAAAGUAAGGUUCUGAUUAAUAUGAUGAGAAAAAAUUUCACAUUUAUUUAAUUUUCAAAGAUAGCUAAACAACUAGCCUUUUAAAAGUCUGAUAAUCUUUUUACAAUAUUUUCUAGCAAGCAGAAAAGGGUUUUUUCCGAUCAUCCUCAAAUUGAGCGAUAAUUAGUCUAAUACUUGAAUAUCUUCCACAAUGGCCAAAAGAACUGCCGAAAAAGACCUGAACAGAGAUAACUGGGAUCAAGAUGAAGAAAAAGAAGAAGCUGGAGUAUUUAAAAGAGCUGCUGAUAGUGAAUUACAAAAGCGCGUUAUAAAGCAUGCUAAGAGAUCUAAUUUGGGUGCUGAAAAACCAACAGGACUGUUUAAAUCCGUCUCUCUUAUAAACUCAGAUGACUCUAGCAAAGAAAAACUUUUCGAAUUUGGAAAGAAUACUAGCUCAGCCGCAAAUUUUACAUUUGCGUUUAAUGACCCAAAGAAGAGCACACCUGAUGUUACGCCAACAACAACUGCACCGGAUGUCACCAGCGAUAUCAGAAAUCCUCCUGAUGUCGCUAAGGAGAGCUUAUCUAUAAAGCAAUUACCUGAUGUAGCAAUGGAAUCAUCUGGUUCUUCUAACAAUGAAACUGCAGAAUUAAAGGCUGCUAUUCGUGAGUUAAACUCAUCCUUUAAGAAAUGGAUCGAACAGCAGUUGAAAGAAGAUGAACUUAUCAACAUUGCCCCUUCAUGUCAAAGUUACAUCGAUCAUAUUGCGAAAUUGAAAUCCAAAUAUUCAGAAUUUUCCAAAAUAUUUGUAGAAAACGGAGGAAGUCUACCAAAUGGAGGAAAGAAUUCAUUUUCAUUUAAUAAACCAGAAAAAGAAAAGAAAGCAGCGGAAGGUCCAAAGCUGACCUUUCAUAUAAAGGACUGUGACACCAAAACACCAUUUAGUAAUUUAAAGCCUGUUGACACGAGUACUUUUAAAUUUGGACCUACUUCUUCCACAACUGAUAAAACACCCCAGACAAGCAAAAAUGAUAACGAAGAGGACUACGUUCCGCCUGAACCUGAGAAAAAGGUCCUUGCGGAAGAGGGAUCUAAAUUUUCCGUGAAAGUGAAAAUGUACUUUAUGAUAGAAAAAACUUGGAUGGAUAGAGGUACUGGAAUGGCAUUUCUUAAACCUCUAGAGAAUAGUGCACAGCUGAUUGUUCGAGCAGAGAAUACCUUAGGUACAAUUAUGCUCAACAAUGUAUUAAAGAAGGAAUUGAAAAUGACCAAAUCUGGAGAUAAAGCUUUUAGCUUUGUAACUGUACCAAAUCCUCCAGUAGAACCUAAGAAUCCGGAAAAAGCAUUUCCGAUUUUGCUUCGUGUUAAAACUAAGGAAUUACGAGAUGAAUUUUUGAAGAACAUUGACGAAAUGAAAAAUACGGAAUGAUCAAAUGAAA